CAGUUGCAUGAGUCAUCUGAAUGUCACGCUCUGUUCAUUAGCUUUCUGUAACCGGCGUUGGGUAGACACCAUGAUAAGUGUUUUAAGUGAAAAUUGUUGGGCAAUCGCAGGUGGUGUGGCGACCACCGCAUUGGCCGUGCUUGUAGUUAAUCGAAUAUUACGAAAACCCAAGAUCGUAUACCCAAGAGAUAUAGUGAUCUUGCACCUGACUGGUAGAAGUAGAUUUGCACCCAGUCUGUCGCCUUUCCCGUUGAAGUUAGAAACAUAUUUACGAUUUGCCAAAAUACCAUACAAGAGUGUUUUUAGUAUGAAGAUGUCACCCAAAGGUAAAACACCAUGGAUUGAAUACAAUGGAGAAAUACUAUCGGAUUCAAGUUUUAUUAUUGAAUUUCUGAACAAAGAGUUCAAAGUUGAUCUCAACACUCAUCUCAGUCCUUCAGACAGGGCAGUAGCAAGAGCUUUUCAGAAAAUGACAGAAGAAAAUCUGUACUGGACCCUAGUGUAUUCAAGAUGGGUGGCUGAUAACCAACAACGACUGAAACCAUUUCUUAAAAACAGUUUCGUGAUUUCAAUACUUAUGAAGAUGAUUCGACGUUCCGUGAAGAAAUCUCUGUAUGCUCAAGGUAUAGGCAGACACACGGAAGAUGAAAUAUACAGUAUUGCUGAUAAAGACCUCAGAGCAUUGUCUACGUUCUUAGGUGAUAAAGCAUUUAUGUUCGGUGAUCAGCCAUGUGAAGAAGACUGUGCCAUUUUUGGCAUGUUGGCGCAGUUAGUGUGGUGCCUGCCGGAUUCUGUGCAAGAGGAUCUUUCGAAAGGAGACUGCAAGAAUUUACAAGAAUAUUGCUACAGAAUGAAAGAAAGAUUCUGGCCGGAUUGGGAGCAGUGCAUCACGGGAGAAGAUCGUGGCUUUUGUGGAUACCCGCCAAACGAUCCUACUUUGUUUAAAAGAAUAGAAAAAUAGUUGCCCUGAAUAAAAUACUGUAUCUUUGAG